AUGAAUGACUCUUAUAACGACGAGCAAAUAGUUAUGACUCCUACCAAAAGGAGUAGGGACCAUACUACAGUUACUAUGGAAAGAUUAAGAUUAUCAGAUAUGGACCAGAAGAAUAUAAUACACAUUGGUGGAGGAGACCAUAAAGGGAUCGUCAUAUACCGGGAACCAUGCUAUGGAAAAGGAUCCUCUAAACCACCUGAACUUGUUCUGGGAUUUAAAGUUUUACUGAAAAGUUCUUCCAGUGCAAAAUAUGUACAGGAAAACUGGCAACUGAAAUUUUGGUUCAAAAAAGUUCAAGAUCAUCAAAAAAUUGAAAGUGCUGAAGCAUUUUUGAAUGAGCUCGUGUCUUCAGGAAACUGCCCAAAAGAUUAUGUUGGUUUCAUUACUAAGACGAUGAAAUUGAUGCAGCUCAAGUAUAAAUACAUUAAAAAAGUUGAAGUUGAAAUGAAGAAGCAAGAGGAGGUCAAAGAAUAUCCUACAUCUCCUGUUUCAGCAUCAUCAACAGUAGAAAAAGUCAAUGACACUAAACUUACUGCAAGUCAAGAAAAGCUAUUGGACAUCAUUGAAGCUGUGUACCCCAAUUCUCUGUCUGUUAUUAAUAUUGCAAAGUCUUCCAACAUCUGUGAAGAGGAAGUCCAAGAACAACUCAUAACAUUACAAUCUAGAGGUCUUGUAAAGUGUUUGACAAGUGGGAAUUAUAUGAGAACAACAAAAAAUGAUACAGAUGUAAAAAUGGUUAAACAGAUGCCCAUGGUUGCUCAUAACAAACAACCUGUAAUUGCUAUAAUUACUGCUCAGUAUUGUGAAAAAUUAGCUGUAGAUGCUAUGAUUGACAACAAAGAAACAUUUGUGAAAUUCAAAACUGAAGGUGAAUCAAAUGUUUACACACUUGGUACUGUGGGCCCGCACAGAGUUGUUUCUACGAAACUUCCUGCAACUGGCAUGGCGAGAGGUGCAAUAAUUGCAGCUGGCAGCACUACUACUAGGUUACUUGGGUCAUUUCCUCGAGUGGAUUAUGUAUUUCUUGUUGGGGUUGGAGGUGGUGUUCCUCAUUACACAGACUAUGCGAAGCAUGUGAGGCUGGGUGAUGUUGUCGUAUCAUCUCCACCAGAUAGUCAACACUCAUAUGUUUACCUUUACUGUGAGGGCACAAAAAAUGCAUUUGAAGAAAAUGACUAUUUAUCACCAGACCAUUUUUCCAUCAAGACUUGGUGUCCUCCAAGUCUCAAGCUGCAAAAUAUUGGGUACAACUUGUGGAGAAAGGGAAUGUCAAGCAUGGAUGACAGAUCGUGGGAGCACUAUAUUGAACAGAGUCUUAAACAGCUAAAAGACAAAGAAUCAUCUUUUUGUCGUCCUUCAUCAGACACAGACAAGCUUUACAUGUCCAUAGGCGGAGAGGAUUUGAUGGAAGUGGGGCAUCCCCAACCGAUGGAGGGUGCAUAUGACCCUCGUAAGCCUGGAAUGCCGGUUUUGCAUUUCGGAGCUGUGGGCUCAGGUAAAGUUUUGAUGCAAGAUGACACAACACGUCUAGAAUUUGCUGAUCAUCACGGCAUCAUGUCUUUUGAUACAGGUUUUGGCUCUGUUGUUGAAUCUAUAUUUGGAAACAGAAAAGAUGAUUACGUGUUUAUUAGAGGGAUAGCCGAUUAUAAAGAUGGUACAAAGAAAAAAGAGUGGCAACCAUAUGCUGCUCUAGCUGCAGCUGCUGUUAUGAAAGCUAUAAUUUGCAAUUUAGAUCCUGAAUAA